UUCUCAAAACCACUCCAUAACGAGAGGAAAAAAAGGAAAGAGAGACACAUCCUUCGAUGCAAAAGCUGACUUAUGACAUCAUCUCGCCGUCUUCUACUCCCUCUCGGUGCAUCGCUCACUAGAGGAAGAUUCUCUUCCUAUCAUCAAAUCCGAAACGGGUUUGGUUUGCGAGGACUCGCUACCAUCACUUCAACGGAGCCAACGCUAGCGAAUCUAGCUGAGAAAUGCGCCGGUGCGAUUCCGGAAUGUUCGUCAGCAGACGACGACGACAUCUCCAAGAUCCGUCACGAGUUCGAGCUGGCGAAGCAGAGGUUCAUCAACAUCCCUGAAGCGCUAAGCAGCAUGCCUAAGAUGAAUCCUCAAGGGAUCUAUGUUAACAAGAAUCUCAGAUUGUAUAACAUACAAGUCUACGGAUUCGACUAUGACUACACUUUGGCGCAUUACUCCUCUGACUUGCAGAGUUUGAUCUAUGAUCUUGCCAAGCAGCACAUGGUCAAUGAGUUUAGAUACCCUGAGAGUUGUAUGAAGUUUAAGUAUGAUCCUACUUUCCCCAUCCGAGGACUCUACUACGAUAAACAGAAAGGGUGUCUCAUGAAACUGGACUUCUUUGGUUCCAUCGAGCCAGAUGGUUGUUACUUUGGUCGUCGUAAGCUUAGUAGGAAGGAGCUAGAGAAUAUGUAUGGAACUCGACACAUGGGUCGUGAGCAGGCGAGAGUUUUGGUGGGAUUGAUGGACUUCUUCUGUUUCAGCGAGGCGUGUCUUAUUGCAGACAUGGUCCAGUACUUUGUAGACGCCAAGCUUGAGUUUGAUGCCUCUUACAUUUACAAUGAUGUAAAUCGCGCUAUUCAGCAUGUUCAUAGAAGUGGUUUGGUCCAUAGAGGAAUCCUUGCUGAUCCUACCAGAUACUUGCUUAAAAACGGUCAGCUACUACGUUUCCUGAGAAGCCUUAAAGAUAAAGGGAAGAAGCUUUUUUUGAUGACCAACUCUCCCUACCAUUUUGUCGAUGGUGGAAUGCGCUAUCUGAUGGAGGAAUCUUUUGGCCUCAGAGACUCAUGGCGGGAUCUUUUCGAUGUUGUGAUUGCUAAAGCAAAUAAACCAGAAUUUUACACAUCUGAGCACCCUUUCCGUUGCUAUGAUGAGGGGAGGGAUACGUUGGCGUUUACAAAAGUGGAUUCAUUUCACCCAGAUAAAAUAUACUACCAUGGUUGCCUUAAAUCGUUCCUUCAAAUCACAAAGUGGCGUGGCCCCGAGGUUAUUUAUUUUGGAGAUCACUUAUUUAGUGACUUGAGAGGGCCUUCAAAGGCUGGUUGGCGAACUGUUGCCAUAAUUCACGAGCUUGAGGUUAGUUGGCCAUACGUGAUAAUAGCGUUUAGCUUAUUGUAUUCUCUAAAUAAUCUCAACAUUGAACUCUCUCUCUUGUUGGAUCAGCGAGAGAUACAGAUACAAAAUGAAGAUAGCUACCGGUUUGAGCAGGCAAAAUUCAAUAUUAUCCAAGAACUGCUCGGUAAAUUUCAUGCGACUGUAUCAAACAAUCAGAGAAGUGGGACAUGCCAAUCUCUCUUAGAUGAGCUGAACAUGGAGAGACAGAAAGCACGAGAGGCAAUGAAACAAAUGUUCAACAGAUCGUUCGGAGCUACGUUUGUGACAGACACUGGUCAAGAAUCAGCGUUCUCUUAUCACAUCCACCAGUACGCAGACGUUUACACCAGCAAGCCUGAGAACUUUAUGUUCUACAAGCCCGAAGCUUGGCUUCACGUGCCUUACGAUAUCAAGAUCAUGCCACAUCAUGUCAAGGUGGCUUCAAGCCUUUUCAAAACCUGAGAAUAGGUUUCAAUCCUUGUAAGACGAGAUGCAGAUCGAUGAAGAAUCGAUUAAGAAAGAAACUUUUAGGUUUUCCAAGUGGCAGAGGACACAGCAAGAAGGUUGCUAAUUAGAUCUCAGAUUCCUGUUCCUCCUGCCUUUGCUUAUGAUUCUUUUGUGUCAAAUGAAUAUUAGAUCACUCGUUUGCAUAACUUAAAGGUGGCUAACACUUGAAAAUAAAGAAAGCUAUGAAAAUGCUGAAUCUAUUCUUGAUUUUUUCUA